AUGCCUGUGGUCGAGCCCUAUCAGCAGCGAAGUCAAGCUGCGAGUCUAGCUAUCCGCAAUUCGCCCUAUCACGAUGUACGGAUCGGAGACUUGGGCAGCACCACAUCUACGAUGAUGGAGAGGCUUGAUUGCACGGAACGAAAGCUGCUUAGACGGUUACUUGGCUACUUUUGGCGUAGGGCAUGCCACAAUGAAGAUCUUUACGCAGAAUUUCAUCUGGUAUACCGGCGGAUGACACAUGGAAGAUAUCAACAUCUUGCACCGCCAUCGAAAGUGGCUAAAGUAAAUCGUCUUUGCUUCUUUGCUCAUAUAUUAAGGAGACAGGCAGAGCGCCUUGUUCAACUAAUUCUGAGAAGUUUGUCGGGUUCGAGCUGGAAGAAGCCGCCACUGGCCGAAAACGGACGUUCUGGACUGAGGGGGUGA